UCUCCCACCCGCCUUCCUUUCCCGUCUCCCGCCCAGCUCCCAGAGCCCACCAUGAAUCUGCAAGUAGGUUUGGGAUACAUUUGCCUGCUUUGCUUUUUCUUCGUGAGCAUAGCUAAAGGGGAUUUGCAGCUGCUUUCUUUCCAGCCCAAGACCCUGUAUCAGUACCGCUAUACCCUGGAUGUCCAGCUGGACCACACAUCCACGCCGUCCCUGCGGGGAGCCUGGCUGCGGGCUGAGGCACUGGUCCAGCUGCAUAGGCUCUGGAGGGACCAAGAAGGAGAAGAGCUGCUCCAGGUGCAGGUCCACAACCUGAAAGCCCAACAUGAGCCAGCAGAGGAAAGGAACCAGAAUGGCACCAGAGGUCCCCCUGCAGAGAUUGCACUGAGCCAGGAAUCACAGGCAGAGCUCCAGCAGCCAGUGUUCAUCUCUUGGAGCAGUGGGAAGGUCAAAGCCUUCUAUGGGAAUGAAGCAGAAAGUAUCCUGAUCUCGAACCUGAAGAGAGGCAUUGUCAGUCUGCUCCAGCUACAGCCCCAUACUGGCACUGCAGUGGAGAAGGAUGUCUCUGGGAGCUGCCAAGUCACAUACACCGUGUCCAACCAUUCUAUCACAAAGACGAAAGAUCUCCUCAGCUGUACAAAGCCGAACUCUGGAUUCACCUCCAUAAACAAAAUUUUUGGGCUCAAGUGGCAGCCCACCAGCAGAAGCCAGUACAUGGUAAAAGACAACUUCCUCCUGUCAGUGCUGGCAGAGGAAAGCCACGUGGUGUCUCCAGCCCUGAAGUCCACCACUGCCAUCAAAAUCACUUCAAGACAGCAGCUCCAGCUAGCAUCUCCUCCAAUACCUGGCCCAGCAGAGGUGGCUGCACGAAGCCUUGAGGAUGCGCUGGCUGUCAUGAAGGGACGGCACCAGCCCCUGGGCAGGGCCAGCCUGCCCUUCAGGAGGCCCUGCAUCCACUGCCCUUCGCUGAGAGCCUACCUGAAGGCUUUUGACAGCCAGAGGGUCAAAAUGGACACCUCAAAGGCGGCGACAACCUGGCAGUUCCAGAGGUUCAUCCAGAUGCUGCGCAGUGCCAAGAAGAGAGAUGUUCUGCAGCUGCUGAGGAGAGCACCCGAGGAGAUGCUCCCCUUCGUUGUGGAGGCAGCGGUGGCUGCACAGUCAGAGGCAUCCUUGGCAGCUCUCUCAGACUUUCUGGAUUUCAGCAAGAAGCCCAAAUCCCUAUUGGAAAAGUUUCUCUACGCGGCAGCUUUCUCUCCCCAGCCUUCAGGACAGCUUCUCCGCCUAGUGUUAAACAAGCUGGAUGGGAAGCAGCUGGCCCCUGAGGUCCAGGAGACAGGGAUACUUGCCAUGGGCUCUCUGGUCGGCAAGCUGUGCCAGCAGAAGCUGUGUAGGCUGCAGGAGGUGGAGCGUGGGGUGGAAACCAUCCUCAGGAGCCUAAGAGAUGCUAAGGAGGAGUCAGAGGUGGUCAUUUACCUGCUGGCCCUGGGGAAUGCAGCGCUCCCCGAAACGAUCCCCACCCUGCUGGACCAUGCUGAGGAGGGCCCCGCCAUGGUUGCCACUGCGGCUAUCUCUGCCCUGCGGCGAUUCCCCACUCAGCACAUCUCCAGCAAGGUGAAACAAGCAAUGAGGAGGAUUUUCCACAAGAGGAAGAGCUAUGAAAAAACAUGCCGCCUGGCCGCUGCAGAAAUCCUCCUAGAUAAGGAGCCCUUACCCAUGGAUGUCAUCAACAUCCUGCUGGCUACCAAUGAGUUGGAGACAGAGAUGGCAACAUUUCUGCUGCUGAAGGUCCAGAAUAGCCUGUAUGCUCACCACCACCCAGCAAGGAAGAUAAUGAAAGACAUCAUGAGAGACCCACAGAUAAAUAAUUACAACUUCUUCUCAAAAGCCGGCAUCUCCUCUUCUUUCUCAGGACCUCUGACAGUCACUCAGGACCUGAUUUCCACCUUUGGGCUGGACCUGCUGUUUUUGGAGGGUGGAUUCCUGAGGAAGAGUGUCUCUGACUUCUCGCUGCUCAGCCAUGGACAGCAGCUUCAUGCAGCUCAGGUCGCUAUUGAAGCACAAGGGAUGGAGUCAAUGCUGGGAGAAAACUUGGAAGGGGAAGAGGAGCCAGAACUCAUGGCCGGGAUGUCUGCCAUCUUCUUUGAUGUUCAGUUGCGUCCGAUCAUCUUCUUCCAGGGAUAUACAGACUUAAUGGCCAAGGUCCUGUUAAGCAGUGCAGAACCCACAAGCAUGGUCAAAGGGAACCUCCUGCUGAUGGACCAUCACCAGAUCAUUCCUCUGCAGUCUGGCUUCCAAGUGGCCAUCAAACUCCAGGGCGGGCUGGGGCUUGACAUUGCAGCUGACAUGGAUGUGAGCAUUUGGGAGCAGGAACUGAAAACCAACAUCAAUGCAAGGGGAAGCCUCACCAUUGAUUUCCAGGCGGAACUAGAUACCCCUUUCCUCCAAGCCACCCUGAGAAGCCAGACAGAGGUGGAGACCUCAGUCCAAUUUGACACCAUGAUGAGGUUUUCCGGCAGCCCAGUGCUCAUGUGCCUGCAGCUGAGAGAGGAGCAGGUCCCGUACAGAGAAAUCUUCACAGUUUCCAAGUCUGCUGGGAGCCAGAGCAGCACCACUCGAAAAGGCAGGAAGGGCACCAUGCCUGGGAAAGAGUUUGCCUUACACCAAGCCAACUCCAAGGUCUGCAACCUCUUGCUGACAGCAGAAGAAUAGCAGGGUUGGAGCACUUUGAGACUGGAUAACUGCCCCCUCUCCUGUCACACACCCCAGUUCCCUGUGAAACCAAAAAGAGCUGUUAAGGGCUCUGCCCAACUCCUCCACAACAAUUUUUUUAAUCAGAAAAACGCUGCACUAAGGGCAUCAUAAGACAUCGCAAGAGGAACCGGAACUGCUCCAGGGCAGCCAGAGGCAGCCCUUGCUUGGUGCGGGAGGAGCCAAACCUGCCUCCCCACCCCAAAGGCUAAGAUUUCCCUUGCCUGAACCUUUCCUCUUGAUGGGGGAAGUCUUGCUUGAAGCAAGACAGGUCCUUGUGAAAAACAGCAAAUGAAUGUUUUUUCUUUUGGAAGUGAAUGAGUUUCUCAGAGCCCAAGAAACCCUUCUACAAGCCCAUACCCAAAAAUGCCAUGUUUUCUCCCCAUUUAUCAAAGCAAGAAGGAGGGAGCACAUCUGCAGCCAACAGGGAGAAGGUUCCCCACAAGGAGAGUGAACGACCCUCUUUUAAUGCAGUUUUGCAGUUGCUGAAUUGCCCAGGAACACGGAAAAAAUACUUCUAGAGAAGCUGUGGGGUUCUAAUGUUUUAUUUUACCUUUUUUUUUUUUUUUUUUUUUAAAUGCAGCCCCAGAAUAAUCUUCAGGGAGAAAGGCAGAUAAGCAACACAAAUUCUCCAUAGCCUAUUGCCAAUCAGUCUGUGUUCUUCCUGGAUUAAUUGAAGGUGUUUACAUUUAUUUUCAUAUGAAGGCAACUCAGAUGCCCUCACAGGUUGGGGCCAUCCUCUCAUUCCUGGGGGGAAUUUGCACUCUGUUGCCAGGGAUGUGGCUGAUGCCACAUCAGGCAGCAAAGGUGAUGCCUGUGGGAGAACAGCUUGUGCUUCAGUGAGGGUCAGAUUUCUACUCGGCGCAAAAAAAAAAAAAGAGCAAGGUAGAGGAAUGCAGCCCAAAGAGCUUUCCCCAAAACUGGGGAAAUGAAGGCAAAGUUAAAACAGAGCAGGGGAGAGUGUAGCAAAUUGCAAGAGGCCCUUCUAAAGAGCAUGGACCAGCAUUCUCAAUCCUCGUCUCGAAACAGGGAAAAUUGUCUUGAAGAUGGAGCUUAAAAAGUUGGAAAAAUACUGAAGACCCACAAGCUGCUGAGGGAGGGAGGCUGGAAAGACAUAGGGGGACUCAAGUAGGGACUGGCUGAAGGAAAAUGGGAAGAGACAUUGGUGUCUCCAAGGCAUUAAUGCAUCUCAUUGCAGCUCUGCAUACACCCUUGUGAUGCAGACCCUCAGUGACUGUUUCCUGAUCUAGUGUUGACACUUGAAUUUUUCCACAUGUUUUUCCCCCUCCAAGACAGGCAGGGCAUAAACCAUGGCAUAAGCUGGCCAGGUGCUUGGCAAGUUCUCUGUCCUUUUGGUUUUGUUUUUUUAACGAGUUAUUGGUGGCUCAGUCCAUCCUACAGGGCAAAUACAAAUGUUGCUUGCCAUGAAGGGUAAGAGAUUAGGUUUGACUGACAUGAUCCUUUCUGGAUUUGAGAAUCUAUCACAGAGAGCUUGGACAAACAUUACAAAGACAUUACUUCAGGUAAACAUCCUUCACAGGUAGACAUUAUUCAAACCAAACAGGAAAAGUUUAGUGGGGUCAUGCCUCCAUCCCAUCCCAUCCCUUCCCUUCCUCCCCUUUAUAGGAGCCAGCACAUACUAGAUGUGCCUUUUGCUGGUGCAUGCAAAUUCAAAACCCAUCUAUUGAGAGGUGGCUUCUGCCUGGAGCCUCUUGUCUUCCUUUUUGAUCCAAAGUUUACAUAUUAAUGGAGAAGCCUCUGGUCUCUCUUAUCACCUGAACAGCAGUUCCCCUUCUCUUCUAAUCGAGGCAGCAGAUGGAGAUAAGAUUGCCUUAACCCUACAUGCAGGAAGGCAGUGUUCCUGCAACAAAGAGACACAGCAGCUUCUCUUUUCUGCUGAUAUUUGGGCUCUUUUGGUGACCAUUUGUGAAAAUUACAAUUAGCUUCAAGUAAA